ACCAUUCCUACGUCCACUCGAUUUCCUACUGCUAAUCCAUCUCAGCUCACGUCAGGAGAAAUGGCGGACCUGGACGGCAGCGACGCAUCUCCUGCCGAAUCCCAAGCGUCUUCCUCCCAGGGCACAGCGGAGGAGGGCGCAGCGUCCUCCACCUCCAGGGGGAUCUCCUCCGUCUCGGGCCAGACGUACACCGUCACCCUCAGCACGGCCGGCAGCAGCAGCAGCCCCCAGGGCAGCACGGCCUACAGAGCAGACUCUCUGCUUUACAACAAGAUCGAUGAGAGACAGAAGCUGGCCCGAGAACGCCGCGAACUGCAAGAGAAGCAAAAUGCACUGCGGGAGGCCGAGUGGCAGGAGCGCGAGGAGCGCGCCCGGCAGCAGUACGAGAAGCACCUGGAGGAGAGGAGGAGACGGCAGGAGGAGCAGAGGUACAAGGAGGACAAGAGACGCAUCGCCGUGGAGGAGAAACGGCGGAAGAAGUUAGAGGAAGAUCAGGCUCGCCAUGAGGCGGUGAUCCGCCGCACCUCGGAGCGGAGUCAGAGGACCAGACCCAAGCCCAACCGCUGGUCCUGGGGGGGGGCCCUGCCCACACACACACCCAGCACGCACGCAGGAUUUGUCGAGUCAGCUUUCCUAUAUCAACUUGACCUUGCAGGGCUGGAGCACUUGCAGGGUGCUUACAGUCACUCGCGCAGAUAUGGAAUGGCCUCACAAUAUUCAGACAGGCGGGCGGUCUCCACCAUGAAUCUGUCAAAGCACAUGGACCCCAUCAUAACGAAGCGCCUGUCCCACUCAUCCGCCACACUGAUGCACUCGCCAGACAGAGCCUUGCGAACGAGGACAGCCUCCACUCCUGUCCUUAGCAGCUCUCAAUCCAAACUCCGCCUCCACCAGGGGAAGAUCACCCACAACAGAAACACAGGUCUCCGUCACAUGCCUCUGUCGCCAUGGGAGAACAUGAUGGUGAACCGCCUGCAGCAGCCCACACACUCCUACCUGGCACGCAGCCGCAGCACAGCCAGCCUGGCCAAGGAGCUAACAGCCCUGCCUGUGUGUCCCCGCUCAGUGUCCUGCCAGCCCACGGGCCCCAUGUCCUUCAGGGCCCUGCAGGCCCAGCCACUGCCCCACUGCCGCAGCCACGACCGCAACCUCAGCCGCGGGACGCCCCCCUGUCCGCCCUUCUGCAAGAGGAACCUCGGCGCCAUGCAGCAGCACAAGGAGGGUGACUUCACCAGGAAGUCCUGGAGCAACCUGACUCUUCCGCUGGCUCCUACUCUGUCCGUGGCCCCUAGGAAACGCUCAUCCUCCCCAGGGAAGAAGAAGAGUAAAGCCACGUCGCCCUCUCCUGUCAGACCGCCACAGAAACCCAUCGGCCGACCCCCGACCCCCAAACUCAUCAAGUCCCCUGUGGCCGACGACCCCGGAAACAUGCGUCCGGUGAAGCUGACCCCCGAGAUCACCGUCGCCCCUCCCCUGACCUCCGCUGGAGGCGGGAAAGGAGGAGCGGAGGAGGCUGAGGGGGGGAACCGGCUGCUGAGCCCACCCCAGCCUCGGCCUCAGCCGGUGGGCCAGAACAGAAGCAGCCCGGAGCAGGCUCCAACAGCACCGCCUCCAGUCACAUCCAGCCCUGAGGUGGCAGCGGGCAGCCCCGCCGCCCCCAGGGCCUCGGCGGGCACCACGGACCGGGAGGAGGCCAGCCGUAUCCUGGCGGAGAACCGGCGGCUGGCCCGCGAGCAGCGGGAGAGGGAGGAGGAGCAGCGCCGCGAGCAGGAGGAGCAGCAGAGACUUGCCACGGAGGAGAUGACCCGUCGUAAGGCAGAGGAGCGGGCGCGGAGGGAGGAGGAGGAGCAGAAGCAGGCAGAGGAGAGGAAGCUGAAGGAGGAGGAGGAGGAGAGGUUAGGCGAGAAGGAGAGACUUCAGAAGGAGAAGGAGGAGGCGGAGAAACUCCAGAGACAGAGGGUGGAAGAGGAGGCGCGGCAGAAGGAGGAGGGGGAAAGACUGAAGCAGGAGAGGGACAAACGUUUCCAGAAAGAGGAAGCAGAGCGCAAUGAGAGGAAAAAGCGCCUCGAGGAGAUCAUGAAGAGAACGAGACGUUCAGAUCCAUCAGAGAAGAAAGUUACACCUCGGAGCAACGGAGGCGAUGCAGCAGUGAGCCCCUCCCCAGAGACGGCCCCCAGUGCUCAGCAUCAAAACGGCAACGGCCACGCGGCCCCCAACUCCACUCCGGCCCCCCCUCCUGACACCAGCAUCUCAACACCCCCUGACGGCAGAGAGAACGGGGAGUUUGAGGAGGUGAUCACGCUGCCCCCCGGCUCCAGGCAGCGGCCCCCCGGGGAGGAGCAGCAGCAGCCGCUUGAGGAGAGGGACCGUGUCAUUGCCUUCAGGGAGAACGGCCUCCUCAAGCCUCUGGGCGGGAGGGACGACCUCACGGCCAAACAGGAGACAGACGUUGCCUGAAGUGUGUGCACGGAGCUGGGCGAAUGCACACACAUAACAGAGCGGUCGGAAGGAGAGAGUGACGGCACACAAGAGACUGGAGUGGUGGUGGUGGGGUGGGGGGGGUUCUACCUUGAAAUAAGGAGCGAGGGACCACCUCUAAGGCCACGCCCCCCAAGGUAAUGAAGUCCCCCCCCCCCUCCACACACACACACACACACACACACACACACACACACACACACACACACACACACACACACACACACACACACACACACACACACACACACACACACACACACACACACACACACCUCUCUCCCCCUGCGUCCUGCUGAUCUGAAGAGCACCGUAGCUGUCUCCCAAAGCUGGCAUUCUCCAAAGAACUCUCCAAAACAUCCCCAACAGAAGCUGACGGGAUUCUCGUCCACCGCAUACUUCAUGCUUCCACUCCGGGAGUCGAGGAGGAUCGUCUCUCCGUCUCCGACCACGACACUUAGUUUGCCUCCGGGCGCGCAGUGUGUGGGGUCUGUUUUGGUAGGACUCCAUCACCGCUCCCCUCUGCUUCUGAUGACCUGGUCGUGCCACCCCUGAAAUAACAGCAGCAGCAGCAUCGAAGAUUCCCACCGUAUAUGUUGCAGUGGCUAUGGCUGUGGGGGUGUGUGUUUAUAACGUGUAAUUCCUGUAAAAUAAGAUCAUGAAAAGUCUUGAUACUUUCUGUUGCUGUAGAGCGUAGCGCGACUUACGGAAGCAGCUGGAAUUCCCUCUGUGCCCUAAGUAUUAUAAGGUUUCCCCGGUGUCAAUGAAACCUCAUAAUUCUACCGAUCAUGCUUUUCUUUAGAAAUAAUAGGAAUAGGAAAUAAAGAAUGGGGAGUGGCCUAGUCAUUGAUCGCAGUCCUUUGUGUUAAUUUAAAAUAAUCCUAUGUAAUGAACUUGUAGCGGUUUGAGAUGCUCCCGUUUACUGUAGUUUCUGCUGCUGUGUUUAGAAGAUUUUAAAGAGUUGAGAGGUGGAUUCAAAGAGAAUUCUCUCUGCAAAUAAUUAUAUGGGAAGAACUGAUUUGUAUAGAUUUAUAACAAUUGCUUUUAAGACCCCAUUAUUCCUUUUUCUUUGAUUUAAUGGUUCCUUUUCUUGUUUCCCCUUUAAAAACAAGGGCAGGUUGUUUUGCUUGUCCAAAUUGGCAGUGUUCGAGGGCCGUGGUACUUAGGUUAAAAAUACACUUUAAGGAAGGUCAAUAAAGGGUGGUCUUCGUUUUAUUUUUUUAAGAAGAAAACCAUGCAAGGGUGAGAUUAAAAUAGUGAAACCUAUGCAUGCUCUCUGAAAUGACCUAUUAAAGAAGGAGGUGAGUUGAUUGAGGAUUAAAUGCUGCUAUUUUUGACCUUCCUUUGCCUUACCGCAUUAUCCCAAAUGAGGCUAAGCGUGGACUUCGGCCCAAACUAGUCUUUAAAAACCAAGGGGUGAGAAUAAAACAUGUGGAAUUGACCCUGGCUGCACGCUUACAGAAUCCUGGACUAAAUGCGUUUAGUUAUUGUGGCUCCCGUUCUAUAGAAUGGCUUCAAAACCACUUUAAUAUAAAAUUCAUUGAAACCAGGAUUGACUGGAAUGUUAUUGAAGAAUUAUGACUCUUGUCAUCUCAAUGGUAUGGGGUGUACAAAGUCAUUGGUACUUAUUAAGCAAUAAUACUUGAAAUGUAAUUAGGCUUGUGUAGACAUGUUUUACCGCAGAUUUUAGAAGUGAGCCGAAAAGGAUCCUGAGAAUUAACGCUCAACUCCAGCCUCACCCCAGAUCAGACCCAUCGCUUCAAAAGCUUUGCACUUAAAACAGUUUUGUAUCUUACAGUAUAGCCCAUUGAGUAUUUAGAAACACUUGUUUAUACUAUCAAUACAUUGUAAUAAUACCUACUAUACUGAAAUGCAAGGUAAUUAAGGUUAUUUGGUUUAAAGUGGUUGAAAUGCAGUAAAUAAAAUGUUUAUUCUGCAUCAGAUUCAUGAAGAGGAGCUUCUUAACCCUGAGGGUGGGGGAUGCACACUGGAAAUGCUUUAGUUUCUUAACUACUGUCCAUAAAGAAUCAUUCCCAAACUGUGCUUUAUUGCAUGUUAAUAAAGUAUUUAAAUUUG